AUGGGUUGGCGAUUAAGACGUGUCCGCCGCAAGGAUGAGGAUAUCUUCGUCAAGCUGCUGAUCAUUGCCAUUGUAGGAUCUGUCAUCUACUUCAGUACCGUACAGACUUUUGAUAUUUAUCGCUAUCAAGUCGCAGGUGGUUUAUGGUCAUCGGAAUCAGAAUCGUCUCGGCCGCGUAACGAAAGCAUGGAAAAGCUGGAAAUAUUUGUAGUUCCAUUCACGCAUGUCGAUCCUGGAUGGCUAAAAACCUUCGAUUCCUACUCUGAAAGUACGGACUCGAUUCUGAAUAAUAUGCACCAAUUUAUGACAAAAAAUGGGAACAUGACGUUUAUUUGGGCCGAGAUGGUGUUUUUAGAGAGAUGGUGGUCAAAACAGAAUGAUAGCGUUCGCGAAGAUGUUCGCAGAUUGUUGAAAUCGGGUAGAUUAGAACUCACAUCCGGUUCAUGGGUGAUGACUGAUGAAGCCAACGUCUACUAUCCGGUUAGCGUGGACAACAUCAUUGAAGGCCAUCAGUUUAUCCAUCAAGAAAUCGGUGCGAAUAUUUAA